AUGGAAUGGCUACAAGUGGAAUUAGAAAGCUCGGGUGAAUCAAAUGCAUCUGACUUGCAAGAGGAAGAUAAAAGUCAAACAGUUCCUGGAACACUUCUGAUACCAUGCCGAACUGCAAUGAAGGGGUAUUUUCCCCUGAACGGAACAUACUUUCAAAUUAAUGAGGUUUUUGCUGACUUUGCAUCAAUGACAAAACCGAUAAAUGUUCCUAGAAGGUUGUUAUGGUCUCUAACGAAACAAAUAACAUAUUUUGGUACCGGGACAUCGGCCAUUACAAGAGGUACGUCAGCGGAAAAGGUUAGAGAAUUCUUUAGCGAAGGAUACAUUUGUGUUCGAGCAUUUGAAACAAAAAAAGGAGCUCCAAGGCGAAUAUCACCAAUGAUGCAUCUAAACACUACUCAAAUUUGA